AUGUGGUUAUCAUCAACUGGAAUUAGCAUCCCAAAAAAUUCUAGUAAAGCAGAGCUUUAUGAAUUAGUAAAAUUGAAUAAGAAUAAAGUACUUUUUGUAUGUAUCAAAAUUGCUGAAAAGUAUAGUUAUAAUUUGUUUUAUAUUCUACCUUAUCACUACGAACUUCAAUCUAUUGAAGGAAUUUGGUUAACUGUAAAAGAUGAAGUAGCUAGAACUAGUCCUUAUUCUAAUCUUCUUGCUAUUAGAAAUAAAUUGUUACAAACUUUUAGAGAAAAAGUUACUUCAAAG